UCCAGUAGAAGUGCAAGGACACAACGCAACGCAACUCAACGCAGAAUAACGUUCGUCUCUUCGUCGUCGCGUGGGUCGGGAGGGAAAGGUAUUUCGCUAUUUUUAUGAUAAAAUCUCCGAUUCUUUAUCUUUUGAAUCCAGCAACGUUUUGUCAACCUAAUUUAAAACGAAACUUAACCUGCACGAUAAAAGUGAAACCAAAAAACAUUUUCAAGAUACUAUCGCUCGCAAUCGUAAUCGCAACAGCAGCGCCAGCGCCUCAUUGGGAGUGAAACGGGAAGUUGGAUAUCGAAUAAGUGGAGUUUUCAGUGGUUCUGGCUAGAAUAAAAUUGAUGUUAUAAACUCGGCUAUAAGCUUUAACUUUAACUAUGUGUGUAUGAAAGUAUUUGUGUCUGUUGGGCAAAAUGUACACAUAAUCCGAUUUAAUCGAAAUUGGAUGGUUUUGAAAUAAGGAAAAGAAACAAGCUAACGAUACCGAUACCGAUAUCCGUUUCUGGUGUUUUCCGCGUACGGGGCUUACCUUUUUAUAAUAUGUGUAUGUCUAUGUAGGUAAAUACUCUCAUAUAUCGUACGAAAGUUAAGGGAAUAAAAGUAAAAUAGUGCGAAAUAAUUCGAUUGACAAAGUGUGAUGCAGGUAGUUUGUUAGUUUAAGUUAUUUGAUGCAUCUACCAUCUACAGCACCUGCCGUUGCCUUUGGUGCUGCUUCUGCCACCUGUGCUCUUGAUGCACAUGCAAUUACAGUCUUUGUCGGUCAACGGUCUUGAGUGUCGCUGUCGGGUUUGGUCGGGUCGGGUAUACCUACGUUUUAUAUUUGCAGAUUAAAGGAUACCUAAGGGAAUUCCAGUGUUUGGUGCUGUUGUAGUUGUUGUUGGAGUUGGUUUGGAGGUGAUAGUAUUAUUUUGUGAGAUAUGGCUAUUUUACAGUCCUGUUGCUUUUGGAAGACCGUUCGUAAGGGGAGCUAUGCUAGUGCUAUUUAUACAUUGAUAUAUUUCGGUUGUUCGAGUAUUAUUCUGUUACAAUACCUCAGAGAGGAGCAACAAUAUCUUUCGGGAAAAAUUGCAAAACCAACAGGAGAAAGUCUUCUAGAAAGGGGGGAUGUUUCACCAACCACUGUGAUAUUCAAUAUACUCUUCCUGCUGUGCUCCUUGUGCUUAGUGCUGGCUUCAGUUAUGGUGGUCAUUGGUCUAUCGAAAGACCAGCGCCAUCUACUGUUGCCUUGGAUAUUCUUUAUGUUUGCUGAUAUAUUCAUAGAAUUUUCCCAUUUGGUUUAUUUGGUUAAAUUGCAAAGAUUGGUAUUCGAGCCGCUUGUUAGUGUGGUUCUAACAUUGGAUUUUUUCAUUAUGUGUCUUAAUGUUUAUUGCUUGCUUUGCAUAAUAUCUCAAUACCAGGAAUAUAAAAGCGGAAGAGGCUACAGAAAACAAAGAUUAAAUAAUGAUGCCAUCCAAUACAUAACAACAAAUGAUACGACUGCUUCUACAUUGUGUCUUAAUACAAUUGGACAAAAUCAAACAUCGAUAAGUCCCUAUCUGUAUCACCAUUCAAACUUUUCUACAAUCCCAGAGGAAUCCCAACUACAUGAAAGUUCUGAUAAAGAUGAACUAACAUCACCUUUGGAUGAAAACUGCACAAAUCAAUGUUGUGCUGUUAGGAAAUCAUCAUUCAUUCCAGAAAUAAUAAUGGAAAAUUAUUAAAUAAAAUUUAUUUCAAUAUUUUUUAUUUGAUUUAAAAGUUUUAUAACAUUUUUAUCAUAACAUAUUUCGAGAUUGUAAUUAAUUUAGUUUAUUCAAUUUGAAUUUUUUUCUUACUAAUAUCCUUUUUUAUAUAAAAAAAAAUUAAAACAAAAUUAAAUAAAAAUGUGGACCAUUUCAAUUGAAAGAAAAAAGUACAAAAUUAUGCAAGUGAAUCAGAGUGGUUGGGUUUUUAAAAUACAUAUUUGUUAUGAUUAAUUUGAUAUAAUAAACCAUCUUGUCCAUCAGCAGGCAUUUCUGAAUCCUUUUUGUAUUUAACCAACGUGAUGUGCACAAGUACAAAAAUGAAGAAACAUUCUUUGUUAAAAAUUCAAAACAAAUAAAAGAAGAAGAGUGCGUAUACGCCCGAGUGCACAAUUAUGUCUUACUGUCGUUUAAGAGUGAAUACAAAAUUGUAGAACAGUGGCAGCAGAUUGUUUUUUGUUAA